GCGAGAGGCUGAGAGAGUCGGAGACGCUAUCCGCUUCCAUCCGUCGCGCAGACCCUGCCGGAGCCGCUGCCGCUAUGGAUGAUCGGGAGGAUCUGGUGUACCAGGCGAAGCUGGCCGAGCAGGCUGAGCGAUACGACGAAAUGGUGGAAUCAAUGAAGAAAGUAGCAGGGAUGGAUGUGGAGUUGACAGUUGAAGAAAGAAACCUCCUAUCUGUUGCAUAUAAAAAUGUGAUUGGAGCUAGAAGAGCUUCCUGGAGAAUAAUCAGCAGCAUUGAACAGAAAGAAGAAAACAAGGGAGGAGAAGACAAACUAAAAAUGAUUCGGGAAUAUCGGCAAAUGGUUGAGACUAAGCUAAAGUUAAUCUGUUGUGACAUUCUGGAUGUACUGGACAAACACCUCAUUCCAGCAGCUAACACUGGCGAGUCCAAGGUUUUCUAUUAUAAAAUGAAAGGGGACUACCACAGGUAUCUGGCUGAAUUUGCCACAGGAAAUGACAGGAAGGAGGCUGCGGAGAACAGCCUAGUGGCUUAUAAAGCUGCUAGUGAUAUUGCAAUGACAGAACUUCCACCAACGCAUCCAAUUCGCUUAGGUCUUGCUCUCAACUUUUCCGUAUUCUACUAUGAAAUUCUUAAUUCCCCCGACCGUGCCUGCAGGUUGGCAAAAGCAGCUUUUGAUGAUGCAAUUGCAGAACUGGAUACGCUGAGUGAAGAAAGCUAUAAGGACUCUACACUUAUCAUGCAGUUGUUACGUGAUAAUCUGACACUAUGGACUUCAGACAUGCAGGGUGAUGGUGAAGAGCAGAAUAAAGAAGCGCUGCAGGAUGUGGAAGAUGAAAAUCAGUGAGACAUAAAAGCCAACAAGAGAAACCAUCUCUGACUACCCCAUUCCUUCCCAUCCCACUCCCAUUGGAAAUUCCCCCAUUGUCACUGAGAACCACCAAAUCUGACUUUUACAUUUGGUCUCAGAAUUUAGGUUCCUGCCCUGUUGGGUUUUUUUUUUUUUUUUUAAACAGUUUUCAAAAGUUCUUAAAGGCAAGAGUGAAUUUCUGUGGAUUUUACUGGUCCCAGCUUUUAGGUUCUUUAAGACACUAACAGGACUGCAUAGAGGCUUUUUCAGCAUUACUGUAUUGUCUCCUGCCAGAUGUGGCAAGAUCACCAUUAGAAAUGGAAAUUACAUUUAAAAUCCAUUAGACUUCUAGGUGAUGCAAGCAUCUAAGAGAGAGGUUAAUCACACUAUAGAGGCAUUGUGGUAUCAUUUUUCCUUUUUCUAAUUGUUUAAAUUGAAUUUUAUACCAAUGUUUAAAAUUAAUUGGGUGUUAGCUUGAAGUGGUUAAAGAUUGUUUGGAGAGUUGUAAUGGUUUUGCUGUAAAGUGUUUCAAACUCUGCUGAAACGUUGCUGAAAAGCAUGGUGCUGGUAACAGUUCAACAAUCCGUGGCUGCUCAUUCUUGCCUACUUAUACUCUCCCUCUAAAGCAGGUUAGCAUUGAAGGUGGUAUGGAAAAGCCUGCAUGCGUGUUCAAUUCUUUGUUUCUUCUCCUUCCCUUUCCCUUUGGGCCCCCCCUCCCUCCUUCGCUCGCUCAACCUCUUUUGUUCAGUAUGUGUAACUUGAAGCUAAUUUGUACUACUGGAUAUCUGACUGGAGCCACAGAUACAGAAUCUGUAUUGUUCUUACUGAAACACAGCAUGGAAUUAACAUUAAACUUAAAUAAAACAAACCUAAAUUAAAAAUGCCAAA